CCCUUGCAGCAUCCUCUCUCCUGGGCAAGGUCUUCCUCCCUGUUGUUGUCCUGCUCAAGAGCUGCCAUGGCACAGUUAAUUGAGGCCACCACAGAACCCCCAAAAAAGAAACCGGACCCUGUCACUUCGGAGACGGUGGUGAUCUGGGGGCUGCGCCUCUGGCAGGUGAUUGGUAUCUUUGCCAUCUUUGUCCUGGCAGUCAUUAUCACACUGUGCUGUAUCUUCAAGUGCCGGAUUCCCCGGACAAAGAAAGAGAUUGAGGCACGGUAUGCUCAACGACAAGCAGCCAAGACAUACGCAGAUAAACUGGACACUGUGCCACCACUCAACGAGCUGACAGAGAUUCCUGGAGGCUCUACUGAAACUCUCCUUACUCUCUCUGGUCAUGUCCAGUCCAGACCACUCAACUCUCUGCCUGUGGUGAAAGAAGAAGAUGAAAUGGCCCUGCAAGGAAAUUAG